AUGUCCGCCGCCUACCCGAUGUUUAUAUUUGAGGCCGGCAAUGGUUUCGCCGCCCAAGCUGCCGCUCAGCCUGCCGCACCCCAGGUCACCGCCCCAGUGAGGGUAUAUCCCGACCCAUCUUCCAUCUCAGACACUCAAAUUCUUCACGCGAACGGCAAUCCUGUCUUCGCUGGACAACAUUUCACAAUUGCAGACGCAGACGCUCCUAUUACAAUCAAGAUCUACCUCCAUAACACAAACUCCCCGAUCAUCUUCCUCAACACACCAAUCACCAUCACACUACCAUCACGCUAUCUCAUCCUCAACAACCUCUUCCUUCAAGUCCGCUCAGACAUCCACCACCGCCACAACAUGGCGGCACACUAUGGCACUGUCGACGCGGCGGUCACCGCGUCCAUCCCUGCCACUCUCAACGAACUCCUCUCCCACGACACCAUCGACUUGAGAUGGGCGCGGGACGCCUACUGGACAGGGGCAGCACACAUCACGUCCGCCUCCCAGCAGUACCACGGCAUUGAGGGCCUGGUACGAGUCCACCUCUUCGAGGUGGGUCUCCUUGCUGCCAUUGCGGGGACCGUCGGCUGCAAUCAGGUGCAGCAAUGCAACCUGAUGGCGCUGGCGGCCUCGUUGACAAUCGACGAGGCAUUGUACGAUGAUAUGUGGCGGGAGCUGGCGACAUUGAGGAUUGACGCAAUCAACAAUGGCCGUGUGCCAGUCUUUCCUCAAGCCCUCAUCAACACGGCAAUCAGGACGGUCGCCAUGCGUGAACAGACGCUGGAUUGUCUUGAAGCUGGUUGCCAGAGGGCUGGUACUCUGUUGGCAGAGGCCAUGUCGCCGGGUGACAUUGCCGAGGCGGUUGCCCGCAUCAAUGCGGUGCACCGCGGGGUCCAGGACCUCCGAGCUGCCAUCAAUGGCGGGGAGGAGAGCUCUGACUCCUCCGAUUCCUCCGAUCCCUCUGGCUCUUCCUCGUCUGACGAGGAAGAAGACGAGGGUGAAGAGGAGGACGAGGACGAAGAUAUGCCGGAUGCCCCGGCCGUCAAUGUCGCCCCCGCUCCUGCUGCCCCUGCCAUCCCUGCCGCCGCCGCUCUUCCUCUUCCUGGUGCUGCCGCCGCCCAGUACAGGCACAUCCCGGGUUCCCCGGGUGACCUGGACUGGGUAUGCCUCCUGUGCAACAACCACAGGGGCAUCAAGCACAAGUCCUCGCUCACGAGGCACUUUCUCCUGACGCACCAGUUGGCCGUAAACGUCCAGUAG